CCAAGCAGCAGGGCUAGACGAGUGGAAGCUGCUGCGGGUCAGGAACACCGAGGCGCGCGGUGCGAGCCGGUGGCAGAACCAUGGCGGGAGGGGAAGACCGCGGGGACGGGGAACCAGUAUCAGUGGUGACCGUGAGGGUGCAGUAUCUGGAAGACACCGACCCCUUUGCAUGUGCCAACUUCCCCGAGCCACGACGGGCCCCUACCUGCAGCCUGGACGGGGCCCUGCCCCUGAGUGCGCAGAUACCUGCGCUGCACCGCCUGCUGGGGGCGCCACUCAAGCUGGAGGAUUGUGCCCUGCAAGUGUCUCCCUCUGGAUACUACCUGGACCCUGAGCUGUCCCUGGAAGAGCAGCGGGAGAUGUUGGAGGGCUUCUAUGAAGAGAUCAGCAAAGGGCGGAAGCCCACUUUGAUUCUGCGAACCCAGCUGUCAGUGAGAGUCAACGCUAUCUUGGAAAAACUGUAUGGGUCCAGUGGCCCUGAGCUCCGCCGUUCCCUCUUCUCACUGAAGCAAAUCUUCCAGGAAGACAAGGACCUGGUGCCUGAAUUUGUGCACUCAGAAGGACUGAGUUGCCUGAUUCGUGUGGGUGCUGCUGCUGACCACAACUACCAAAGCUACAUCCUUCGAGCACUGGGCCAGCUGAUGCUUUUUGUGGACGGGAUGCUGGGGGUGGUAGCCCACAGUGAGACAGUGCAAUGGCUGUACACACUGUGUGCCAGUCUGUCCCGCUUGGUGGUGAAGACAGCCUUGAAGCUGCUGCUGGUGUUUGUGGAAUACUCUGAAAACAACGCACCGCUUUUCAUCCAGGCAGUCAACUCUGUGGCCUGCGCCACCGGUGCUCUUCCCUGGGCUAAUCUGGUAACUAUCCUGGAAGAGAAGAAUGGUGCUGAUCCUGAGCUGUUGGUGUAUACUGUCACCCUUAUCAACAAGACGCUGGCUGCACUCCCAGAUCAGGACUCCUUCUACGACGUGACAGAUGCACUGGAGCAGCAGGGCAUGGAGGCCCUGGUACAGCGUCACUUGGGCACUGCGGGCACUGAUGUCGACCUGCGCACACAGCUUAUGCUCUAUGAGAGCGCCCUACGAUUGGAAGAUGGAGACUUGGAAGAAGCAGCAGCCGCUGCAGCUGCAGGUGGUCGGCGGGAGCGACGAAAGCCCUCUUCAGAAGAGGGCAAGAGGAGCCGCCGAUCUCUGGAAGGGGGAGGCUGUCCUAUGCGUGCCCCAGAACCUGGCCCCACAGGCUCCGCCUCGCCGAUAGGCCCCGCCUCUUCCACGAGCCCUGCCCAGCUGAUAAGCCCUGCCUCCAGCCCUGUGGGCCCUGCCUCGGGGCUUGGUACCUUGGUGAACCUUUUUCCUGCCAUAUCCGUGGCGCCCUCAGCCGGCAGCUCCUGUGAGAGGAGCAUCUACAAACUUCACCAAACUGCUCCCGUUUGGGCCCCUGAGAGCCCACCCGUCCCCCUGUCCCCUACUGGGCAGGCCAGGCUGGAAGCCCGGUUCCUGGAGAGUGUGGCUGCAGCAGAAACAGAGAAGCAGGUUGCACUGGCCCAUGGCCGGGCAGAGACACUGGCUGGGGCCACACCAGAUGAGGCGGAUGGACCCCCAGGCAUCCGGGAACUGUGGGACUCCCCAGAGCCACCCCCUGCACCCAGAACACCCCAGAGCCCGGUCCCUCGAAUCCUGCUCCGGGCCCAGCAGAGCCUUGAGCUAGAGCCUAAGGAACCAUUGGUGCCACCAAGCCCCAAGGCUGAACCCAGCAAGGAGCUCCCAACUCGUAUACCAAAGCUCUGCAUUGGGGACUUGGACUUCUCAGAUCUAGGGGAGGAUGAAGAUCAGGACAUGUUAAAUGUAGAAUCUGUGGAGGCCGGGAAAGGGGUUCCACCCCCACCACCCCCACUUCCCCUACACUCUGGAGGCCCCCCACAUCCUCCUCCCCCACCACCCCCACCCAUCAAAGGCUCCUGCCCACCCCCUCCACCCCUGGCUGCCCCUCUUCCCCGCUCAGCACCUGAUGGCCCAGCCCUCCCCACCAAGAGGAAGACUGUAAAACUCUUCUGGCGGGAGUUAAAGCUAGCUGGGGACCAUGGGAGCUCUGGAAACCGCUUUGGUCCCUGCCCCACGCUGUGGGCCUCCUUGGAGCCUGUCACAGUGGAUACAGCCCGGCUGGAACACUUGUUUGAAUCCCGAGCCAAGGAUGUACUACCCUCCAAGAAAGCUGGUGAGGGCCGCCGGACAAUGACCACAGUGCUGGACCCCAAGCGCAGCAACGCCAUCAACAUUGGCCUAACCACGUUGCCACCUGUGCAUGUCAUUAAGGCUUCCCUGCUCAAUUUUGAUGAGUUUGCUGUCAGCAAGGAUGGCAUUGAGAAGCUACUGACCAUGAUGCCCACAGAGGAGGAGAGGCAGAAGAUUGAGGAAGCCCAGCUGGCCAACCCUGAUGUACCCCUGGGCCCAGCUGAGAAUUUCUUGAUGACUCUUGCCUCUAUUGGGGGCCUGGCUGCCCGGCUACAACUCUGGGCCUUCAAGCUGGACUAUGACAGCAUGGAACGGGAAAUUGCAGAGCCACUGUUUGACCUGAAAGUGGGAAUGGAACAGCUGGUGCAGAAUGCCACCUUCCGUUGCAUCCUGGCUACCCUGCUGGCUGUGGGCAACUUCCUCAAUGGCUCCCAGAGCAGUGGCUUUGAGCUGAGCUACCUGGAGAAGGUGUCUGAGGUGAAGGACACAGUGCGCCGGCAGUCACUGCUGUACCAUCUCUGCUCCCUGGUGCUCCAGACCCGACCUGAUUCCUCCGACCUCUACUCAGAAAUCCCUGCCCUGACCCGCUGCGCCAAGGUGGACUUUGAUCAGCUGACAGAGAACCUGGGGCAGCUGGAGCGCCGGAGCCAGGCAGCUGAGGAGAACCUGCGGAGCUUGGCCAAGCAUGAACUGGCCCCAGCUCUGCGUGCUCGCCUCACUCACUUCCUGGCCCACUGCACCCGUCGCGUUGCCAUGUUGAGGGUAGUGCACCGCCGUGUUUACAACAGGUUUCAUGCCUUCCUGCUCUACCUGGGCUACACUGCACAAACAGCCCGCGAAGUGCGCAUCAUGCAGUUCUGCCACACACUGCGUGAGUUUGCACUAGAGUAUCGGACUUGCCGUGAACGGGUACUGCAGCAGCAGCAGAAGCGAGCCACAUACCGUGAGCGCAACAAGACCCGGGGACGCAUGAUCACUGAGACAGAGAAGUUCUCAGGUGUGGCAGGGGAAACCCCCAGCAAUCCAUCUGUCCCAGUGGCUGUGGGGAGUGGACCAGGCCGAGGUGAUGCUGACAGUCAUGCCAGUAUGAAGAGUCUAUUGACCAGCAGGCCAGAGGAUACUACACAUGGCCGCCGCAGCAGAGGUAUGGUCCAGAGUAGCUCUCCAAUCAUGCCUUCAGCAGGGGGCCCCUCCACUGCACCCCCUGAAGAAUCCCCAGGCUCCAGUUUACCCAGUGACACAUCAGAUGAGAUCAUGGACUUGCUAGUACAAUCAGUGACCAAGAGCAGUCCCCGAGCAGCUACAGCUCGGGAAAGGAAGCGUUCCCGUGGCAAUCGUAAAUCUUUGAGAAGAACACUGAAGAGUGGGCUCGGAGAUGACCUGGUGCAGGCGCUGGGUCUGAGCAAGACUCCUGGCCUGGAGGUAUGAAGGUGCUGCCUCAAGAAACCUAUUUGGAUCUGAGCUUGCAGCGUAAGAGACUAUAGAGCAAGGAGGACCCAAAGCAGAAUUCUGGUCCCAGAACCCAGGUCCAGGGACCAGUACCUUGAGCAGUAUUAAGUGUGUGUGUGUGUAUGUGUGUGUGUGUGUAUAUGUGCUCAUGUGUGAGUUCCCUACUUGGUGCAAAAUAAAGUUUUC